CUAGUUCCGAACUCCUUUUGGAAGCUCUGGCAGGGAGGAUGAUACAGUCAGACAAAGGAGCAGAUCCACCAGACCGGGACAGGAAGCUCUCCACUGCAACCCAGCCACGUAAUGGCCUCUCCCAAAUCUUGAGGCAUGUGCUGCAGGAGCUGAGCCUGUUCUAUAGCCGAGAUGUGAACGGAGUGUGCCUCCUGUACGACCUGCUGCACUCCCCGUGGCUGCAGGCCCUGCUAAAGGUUUAUGACUGCCUCCAGGAGUUUAAAGAAAAGAAACUUGUACCCGCCACACCCCACGCACAGAAGUUAUCCUGCGAGGUAAUAGAGCUGUUACGUGACAUCCCUAAUUCCCCUGAGAUCCAGGAGCUAAGACAAAUUCUCCAGGCUCCGCACUAUAAGGCCUUGCUCAGUGCCCACGACACAGUAGCUCAGAAAGAUUUUGAGCCCCUUCUUCCUCCACUACCGGACAAUAUCCCUGAGAGCGAGGAGGCGAUGAGGAUUGUUUGCUUGGUGAAAAACCAGCAGCCCCUGGGAGCUACGAUCAAGCGCCACGAGAUGACAGGAGACAUCCUGGUGGCCAGGGUCAUCCAUGGAGGGCUGGUGGAGAGGAGUGGGCUGUUAUAUGCUGGAGACAAACUGGUGGAAGUGAAUGGAGUCUCUGUUGAGGGACUGGACCCUGAGCAAGUGAUCCAUAUUCUGGCCAUGUCUCGCAGCACAAUCAUGUUCAAGGUGGUUCCAGUUUCUGACCCUCCUGUGAAUAGUCAGAAGAUGGUUUAUGUUCGAGCCAUGACCGAUUACUGGCCACAGGAGGAUCCCUCCAUCCCCUGCAUGGACGCCGGAUUGCCUUUCCAGAAGGGAGACAUUCUCCAGAUUGUGGACCAGAAUGAUGCCCUCUGGUGGCAGGCCCGGAAAAUCUCAGACCUUGCUGCCUGUGCUGGGCUAAUCCCUUCUAACCACCUUCUGAAGAGGAAACAACGGGAAUUCUGGUGGUCUCAGCCAUACCAGCCUCAUACCUGUCUCAAAUCAAACACAUUGAUUUCUAUGGAAGAAGAUGAUGACAUGAAGAUUGAUGAGAAAUGUGUGGAAGCAGAUGAAGAAACAUUUGAAUCUGAGGAACUUUCAGAAGACAAGGAGGAAUAUGUUGGCUCUGAUCAAAAGUUCUUUAUUGCUGGUUUCCGCCGCAGCAUGCGCCUCUGUCGCAGGAAGUCUCACCUCAGCCAGCUGCAUGCCACUGUGUGCUGUACUGGCAGCUGCUACAGCGCAGUGGGUGCCCCUUAUGAGGAGGUGGUGAGAUACCAGCGUCGCCCAACAGACAAGCACCGCCUCAUAGUGCUCGUGGGACCUUCGGGCGUUGGAGUCACUGAGCUGAGAAGACAACUUAUUGAAUUCAAUCCCAACCAUUUUCAGAGUGCUGUGCCACAUACUACACGUUCCCCAAAGAGUUAUGAGAUGAAUGGGCGUGAAUAUCACUAUGUGUCAAAAGAAACAUUUGAAAACCUCAUGUAUAGUCACAGGAUGCUGGAGUAUGGUGAGUACAAAGGCCACCUGUAUGGCACUAGUGUGGAUGCUGUUCAUGCUGUCCUGGAUGAAGGAAAGGUCUGUGUCAUGGACUUAGAGCCUCAGGAUAUUCAGGUGGCUCGAACCCAUGAACUGAAGCCCUAUGUCAUAUUUAUAAAGCCAUCUAACCUGAGUUGUAUGAAACAAUCUCGGAAAAAUGCCAAGAUUAUCACUGACUACUUUGUGGACAUGAAGUUCAAGGAUGAAGACCUACAAGAGAUGGAGGAUUUAGCCAAAAAAAUGGAGACACAGUUUGGCCAGUUUUUUGAUCAUGUGAUUGUGAAUGACAACUUGCAAGAUUCAUGUGCCGAGUUGUUGUCGGCAGUACAGAAGGCUCAGGAAGAGCCUCAGUGGGUACCAGCAACAUGGAUUUCCACUGAUGCUGAGUCUUAAUUGGGUCUCCUGCUUAAAACUGAAGUUUUAAUAUUGUACCCUUGUUACAGAGAUCUGAUGUGACAGUUGCAAUCUCAAGCAGCAUUAUUUGACCCAUUAUAAUGUGUGUAACUUGUGAAGUGCUAUAGUUUAUUAAUCAUUCUUAUUUGAAAAAAAUGUAUGGUUAGAUAUAUUAUUGUAUGGUUCCAUGGAGUUACCUGUUUGGCUUUUAGGCAACUUUUUUGCUUUAUCUCAGAUGAAACAGUGGUAGGAAUAUGAAUUAUGUUAAGUCACUGAAUAUGAGAACUUUUCAUAGAUUUCAUAUGGUCUUUGUACGAUUCAGAUAAAAAGAGCUUU